AUGCAAUUAUUCCUACUCUACUUAUCUUAUUUUCUCGCUAUUUUUAUUCAAAAUGUCCUAGCAUUUGGCACUGGCCCACAUAUUUCUCAAGAUUCAGUAUGGCUGAGCUCUGAUGUCGAUUCUCUUUCGACAGCAAGCGAUGUCUCCCUUUCUACAAAUAGAUAUGAGAUUGUACAUGCAGCAGAGAAUGCAGUCUUACCUCCAGAAGAUGGGCUUGAGGGCAUUCUAUAUGACUCUGGAUUAUCGUGUAAUGUCGGUCCGGUCACUGCUGCAGAGGAGAACUUCCCAAAGGCUCCUUUAAUUGCAUUAGUCCAAAGUGGAGGAUGUUCGCUCUCGACCAAGAUCAAAAUAACUCAAAAGCAUGGAACAGUUGCUGUAAUUUUCUAUGCCACAAGCCAUAAAGAUGAUUCUAUAUUCGCGAAAAAAAAGAACAUGGGUAUUCCUAAAAACUCUGGAAUCACUAUACCAGUCUUUUUUGUGAAUCCCAAGAUUGGUAGGGAGCUUCACGGAUUACUGGAAAACUCAAUGAAGUCCCCUCCAAAAGUCAUCAACGGCAAGACCUUAACAUUGGCUAUUCGUGUUCACAUGUUUCCAACGCCAACAGAAAAACUUCCAACAGCAGAACUUGUACUUAUUAUUGCUGUUGCAGUAUGUGGCGCUAUAAUGUGUACAUUUGCUGGAAUACUGUUUUAUCUUUGGCGUCGUCGAGUGGCUCGUAACCCUGGAUCUGGUGAAGAAAUAGGCGUGGGAGAAGUUCUUCCUAUGGGAAAAGAACUUCUUCACCCUUCAGAGGUCAAACAACUGUUGACCCGUACUAUUAUAAUGACACCAGCCACCAGUCAUCAAUCAGGAUCGGGCUCUUAUGAUGAUUCUUCAUCGCUUUUGAGCAAUGAAGAAAAUCCAUGUGCAAUAUGUUUGGAAGGAAUGGUUGGUGGAGACGUUGUCAGACAGCUACCCUGUAAACACGAAUAUCAUACCCACUGCAUUGAUCCUUGGCUUACUUCCAAGUCUGGGGAAUGCCCUCUUUGUAAAGCGAACUGUGUUGAUGCGCUAAAGGAUAUCAACGGCGAUACGCGUGGUACAAGGCGUGAACGCUUUAAGCAAAAAUACUUUUAA